AUGGAUUGCACCCCUGAUCCCUCCGGCCCCCUUUCCGUAGGCUUCACCCUCGGCUACCCCGUCGACUUUUCCCCUGUCUUUCUCGCCGAUUUUGCCCCGAAAACUUCUGCCGUCCUCCUCCUCUUCAUCUUCGUCGCAGUCUUCGUCGCAGUCUUCGUCAUCUUCUUCGUCAUCAUCUUCUUCGUCGUCAUCUUCUCCGUCGUCAUCUUCUCCGUCAUCAUCUUCUCCGUAAUCUUUUCCGUUCUCUUUUCCGUUCUCUUUUCUGUUCUCUUCUCCGUAAUCUCCCCCAUAUUGUACUCCUUUUCCGGCCUUCUCGCCCUGUCCGCCGGCUUCACCAUAGACGUUUCCAUCGGCCUCUCCGCGGAUGGCGUCUACGUCCCCCUUCUUUUCGCCAAAGAUUUUCCCGAAUGUCGGCGCUGCCAAGGACGAAACGGCACCUGGAUAUCCCUUGUGUUGGCGACACGAAAAGUACAACGCAACAGGGGAGUGGAUACGUACAAGCCAGGACUGUGGCAACUGCAAGGCGAACCAUGUUGA